AUGGCUGAGACCGAAUGGUCUUCUGAGGCUCAUGGUGUCCUACCAAACUCACGACCGUGGACUCCGGGUUCUCGUUCAAACGGUAUCUCACGGCAACGUGCUGGUUCGUAUGUCAACGCCUGCGAUCAGUGUCAUCGCCGCAAGCUCGGCUGCUCGCGCGGCAAACCCUCGUGUGAGCGAUGUCGUCAGUCAGGCCGGCAAUGUACAUACAGCCUCAUCAGACCGGCGGGUCGCCCAAGGCGAUCAGGAUCUGAUGGAAGGCGUGACUUCAGGCCUGCUCCCCUGUUCGAUACUGUCAAGGUGCAUAGACAGUCACUCGGAGACAAUGGUCAACGUAAGGCCACCUAUGAUCAUAGCCAAAAGGAAUGUGAAGAAAUGGAGCCCAAGACUGGUGAUCGAUCAGAUUCUCAAGGUUGGGCUUCUGGCGGUACCAGCCUAACUUCGCCAAACUUUGAUCGCUCUGAUGGACCUCAAAAUGGAAUGAUUCUUGACCCAGCUCUUUGUUCGAAGUCAAUGCCAUCUUAUGUCACACCGGAAAGCGAUCGCACGUCGCAGAGGACCCCAACUCAUCAAGAGCGCGUUUCUGCCAAUCAGAACCAGAAUAAAGGCUGCAUCCAACCAGCUGAAAUUCACAACACACUGAAAGCGACAGCCACGGCAGAUGUCUAUGAUCAUGGUCCCCACAAUGGUAUUGCUUCCGACCACUUUAGCGGGACCCAUUACAAGCACCAGAGCUCACCGCCCCCACUGAUGGCACCGCAUCUGGGACCCGAUAUCUUGGACUUUGAUUUUGACGCACAUGAACCUUCUACUCAGGCGAAGACAGGUCCUUUUGAGGCCAUCAACAUGCUCAACGAGGUCUCCGAACGCUUCGUCAUGUGUGAUGGCAGUCACAGUAGUCUGUGGUACCUGAUCCUGUUGGCGCUUUAUCAAGACGCCGACGAACGUGGCGUUCCUGGAUUGCCCAGCAUACCUGAUUCACGGACGCAGGUUCCAACGGCCGAAAUUGGUGUGAGUAGAACUCAUGACGAUGGAAUGACACAUCAAACCGAGGCUUCGGGGCCAGUUGGAGGUCCUCAAGUUCCAAGUUGGUCUCAAAGUUCAGGUAGCCUAUUGACAUCGCCAAAACGAACUCUAGAGGUAGAUCGCGAUUCAACGCAGCGGUCAACAGAGAGGAGUAUCAUGCUGAAGGCUUUCAUCAUAAUAUCAACGGUAUCAACAACUCUGCCUUUCAAGUUUGGGGCGACAGGUGAUGGUGUAGCAUGUGAUCUGGAGUUGGUGAAGGUCUAUGCCGACAAGCUUCGGGAGAAGUUCGAGCGCAGGCUGACAAAAGUGAAAACAUAA